AAAAAAAAAAAAAAGUUUUAAAAGAGUGUGAUUAUGACGAGUCCGCACAAUUUGCCUGUGAUACCGAGAGGAGAAUGAAUGGUCAUGUAAAGAGUAUGAAUUUUCAACAGUUUAUGGGAACAGCAGCAACAUUAUUGUCUCUCCUGCUGCUUAUGGCUGUUGCUUCAACAAGAACUGUGGCAGCAAGCAGAAGCCAGCUGUGUGCGAAUGACAUGCAGCAGAAUUUGAAGCUCUCCAGACUCACACACAAGGAAGCUGCCACCCUGUCCAAAACAUAUAUAACCUCUCAAGGUGAAAUGUUUGAGUCCUUCUGUAAAGUGGCAGUUACCGGCAUCCCUGAUCCCAACAUAUCGGGGAUGGAGCCCUCAGAGAGGAUAGUGAGCAUCUACUCUCACCUCCAAGCCUUCUUCCCACAUUUCAACCGAGUGCUCGAGCAGCAGACAGACUUACAGCCACCUGAAAGCCCGCUGCUGGCUCAAAUCAAACGAGUCACUGCACGCAGCAAGUCCCUGGCAAGCCGCAUAAAAAACUUGUAUCAGAUCCUCUUCCCAAACCUGCCUGCACCAGAGCCAGCGGGGGGGCCGACAACACUACCUCCAUCUCAGAACAUCUUCCAGCAGAAGGUCUACGGCUGCGUGCUCCUGAAGACCUACAAGGAGCUUGUCGCAAAUGUUUCGAAAGAACUGAGGACUCUAAAAAACAAAGUCUGCAGAAGGGGGGCGAGGAUGAACACACUCUUCUGAGGAUGACCUGAGACUGGCCGUAGAGAGUCAGUAUCCAGCAGCACUUUACUCACUGGUUGAGAUUUAUAAAUAAUAUGUGAGUAUGAAGGUGGCCGGUACAUCAGUAUAAUGAAGCCUAUUUAUGUUAUUUAAUAUUUAUUUUCUUAUGUGUUUCUUGAAAGAGGAAUGCUGUUAAAAGCUUGCAUACAUACAGCAUAUCUAUGCAAGCUACAUAUAUUUAAUUUGUGUUGCAUUUCAGAUUCUAUGUUAAUAUAAAUUUACUUUCUAUACAAAGAAUUAUCAAACAGAUACUUUGCAGUUGAUUUGUCAUUUUCUUUGUGUGCACCGUUUUCAUGCAUUACACGCGCCUUGUCAUGUUGGACUUUUUGGAUUUAAAAUAAAUCGAAACAAAACAUA